UCAUUAUUUGACAACAGUUUACUUUACUGGGUGCUGCCUCUUCCCAAUCUCUCUUUAUCUAUAAAUAAUGCAAAUCUAAAAUUAAAUCUUCCAUUUAUUAAGAAAAAGAACAAAAAAUGGUUUCUUUAUUAAAAAUUAUUCGGCAAAUUUUAGGUAAAAAUCAAUUUUCCAUACAAAUUCGUCAAAUUCAUAACGCAAGGAUCAAAAAUAAACCGAAAUUCGGUCUUUAUCAAUAUCUGGGUGUCCUAGGAGGAACUUUAGCUUUAUAUUCAGCUUAUAAGUGGCAAAGCUAUCAAAGUGUGCAUGCAUUAAAACCAAAGGGUGACGAAAAACCGUUUAUAAAAUUAACGACGAGAGAAAAAAGGUUUAUUAAAUUCGCUUCUGCUCAAUACGAUGGGCAAUUAUAUAUGACACCUCAAGAUUUUUUAGAAUCCGUCGUCGAAGCUGAACCAAGACCCCGUUUAAAACGAAAGCUUUUAACAAAAAAUGAAUUAGAAGUUAUGCGAGUUGUAACUCCUUCUUUAGUUGCUGGUUCAUCGAGGUUAUUUCGAGAUUUGCGAGAUAAUGGAAUUAUAUCAUACACUGAGUAUCUUUUUUUACUCUCAAUUUUAACAAAACCUGAAUCGGGGUUUAAAAUUGCUUUCAAUAUGUUUGAUGUGGAUGGAAAUGAGAAAGUUGAUAAAAACGAGUUUUUAGUGAUUCGGAGACUACUCGCUGGCAAACAUAGAGACACAGAAGAUAUACCCAUGGAAAAAAUCUUUAGUUACGCAUGGAAAGGUAAAAGAGGAAUGGUAGUCGAUGAAAAAUACGAUUUAAAAUCCCCCGUCGAAGAACAAUACGUCGACGACGAACAAGGUCUCCAACGAAAACACAACGUCGACACGACUUUAAUCGUACAUUUUUUCGGCUCGAAAGGCAAAAACACGUUGAAUUUCGAAAAUUUUCGCAAAUUCAUGUUGCAUCUUCAAACGGAAGUUUUAGAACUCGAAUUUAGUGAGUUUUCGCGGGGAUUACCCACGAUUUCCGAACUGGAUUUUGCUCGGAUUUUAUUAAGAUACACCUAUUUGGAUACGGACGAGUACGAUAAAUAUUUAGAACGAUUAUUAGACCGUAUUAAAGUCACAAAAGGAAUCACUUUCGAAGAGUUUUUAGCGUUUUGUCAAUUUUUAAAUAACAUGGAAGAUUUUAGUAUCGCUAUGAGAAUGUAUACUUUAGCUGAUCAUCCCAUUUCGAAAGGAGAAUUUUAUCGUGCUGUUAAAAUUUGUACUGGACAAAGUUUAAGUGGACAUUUAGUCGAUACUGUUUUUGCGAUUUUUGAUGUUGAUGGUGAUGGUUUGUUGAGUUACAGGGAGUUUCUUGCUAUAAUGAAGGAUCGAUUACAUAGAGGGUUUAAGUCUACUCCUAAAGUUGAAGGUUGGGAAGCUUUUAAAUCUUGUAUUAAACAAGAAAUGAAAACGCCGAGAUUUUCAUCAUUUUUGACUACAUGUUCCAAAUUUGAGGAAAAACUACGAUCGCUUGUUUAGAAUUUAAGAUAAUAUUAAAACACUAUGCCAAAGUUAUUAAAUUUUAAUCUUAUAGAUUUAUUGCUGCUUAAUGAAAAAUAU